CGGGUGGGUCUAGCGUUAUGGCGACUACUGCACCGGGCGGCCAUUAUUUCGACCAUGCAGUAUGCGCCAAGCCCGACAAACACUCGACUUGAAGCGUAUAUCACUGAAGUCCCGGACUUUGGGAUGACUGCAUAGAACAACUCAACUACACAUUCAUUCAUUCACUAUACCAGAGAAUCGAGCACGGUGAAUACAGGAACAGUACUCUUGUAUCCAAAUCCACCUCGAGCGACCUUCAUUUCGGAAUCAACAAUGCACUCAUUAGCAAUGGAGCAAAGAUCAAAGAUCAAAACAGUCCCUUCCAGCAACACACCAAACACCGCAUAUCCCGCCGCAGCAUCAUCAACCACUUCCAACCCCUACGCCCGCGACCCAACACGGAGAGCCAUCGCAUGCGUAACCUGCGCCAAGGCCAAAACCCGCUGCGACAAAGGCCUCCCCUCCUGCUCCCGCUGCAUAACCAAAGGCCUCAAAUGCUCCCCCCGCUCCACCCGCCGCACCUCAGAACCCACCUACCGCAACUCUCCCAGCAAAAAGACCCUCGCCGCCCCGCCCCGCCCCGGCACACUCCCCUCCUCCACCCGCCCCCGCAGCAUCAUGCGCGCGCCCUCACACAUCGACUUCCGCACAGCCGUCAAGCUGAGUCAGCAAGCCGCCCUCAUCUCCAGCGCGCCCUCGCUCACGCCGCUGCCGACAUACCACGCCCAGGUGGAAGAGUGCUACGCGUACCCACAGCCAGGGGACCGGUUCACGCCCGAGCUGCGGUACUCGCCGGACGCCGACGAAUUCGCGUUCUCGCGGGGCGCAACACCACAAACGCCCGCAGACGCGUUUCUGAGUGUCGAGGGGCUGCCGGCGCUGGACGCGCUCGACGCGGAUCUGGAUCUGGACAUGCCGUAUCUGGGCGCGUGGCCGGCGGCGCUGGAUCCGUCGCUGGGGCCCGUGGGGCUGGGGUUCCCGGUGCCGAUGGAGCACUGGACGCCGGAGCCCAUGCAGAGUCAGAGCGGGGAGGGGUUCGUGCCGCUGUGGGAUGGCGCGUUGGAUUCCGGCGUCGUGAUGCAGGGCGAGUGGGCGCAGCUCCAGUCGCAGGCGUUGUCGAUGUCGCAGCCGCAGGCGCAGUCUGUGUCGCAGUCGUUGGCACAGCAGCAGCAGCAGUCGUUAUCGAACCACCAACAGCAGCAGCAGCAGCAGCAGCAACAGCAACAGCAAUUGAGGAGAGAUGGGUUCAUAGAUAUGGGGCUGGUGACAUCGGUACCGUACGUGCCGAAGGUGCAGGGCGGGAAGGGCGGGAAAGGGGUGUGGGAGGAUGUUUUCAUGGCGGGGGGUUUGGCUUAUUGAGGGGUGCCACGCUUCGAACGAGAUAGCACGGGGAGUUGUAUAUAGAGUGAGGGUGGUGGUGUACGAUUUUAUGUUCUGGUGGGUGUACAUAGAUUACGAGACGGGAAUUAUCAAUUGACCAGUACCUAUACUUUUCAAGCUUUCCUGGGGAUAUAAACGGG